AUGGAAAAGAUCCUUUCGUUUAUCGAAGAGGCGCGACGGCGUGUGCGGAAAUUGCCACAAGUGUUGGCUUGCGAUCGUCGCGGACCGCGAGCGGCACGGCUUCUGUUUUCACACCCAGGCGAUGAGAGCGCGGGCGGCGCCGGGCACGAAUUCAUUGCAAGGGUCUUCCGACAUCUCCUCGCCGCCCUGUUCCAAGAGACCUUGCCGGAUCGUUAUACACUUCCAGGCUGCGACGAACAACUUCGCCAGAUGCUCGAAGCCGAAAACCGUCCACCCACCACAGCUACGGGUACUACCACCGCCAUGGGUACUACCACCGCCAUGGGUACUACCACCGCCACGGGUACUACCACCGCCACGGGUACUGCCGCCGCGACAAGUACCGCGCCGCCGGAUGCGGGGAGUGAGGCGGAUGCCACAUGGGGAGCGAACUAUGUCAGUGCUCGUGGGAUCCAACAAGCACGUGUGCACCCAUUCUGUUGGUGCUGCUCCAAGGCGACUACGGACUUCGCUCUCAUACUCUGUCAUGGACGUCUCCAUCUCGUCCGCAUUACCAGCAUCUGCACCGACUGGUCCACUUGGUGGACUCGUGCUUUCCUUAGUCGCCGCGACUCACGAUCUGUCGUGCAUGGCACACUCUACACCGUGCUUCCACCUACCGCUUACCGCCACACCCUGGAACAGUUCGGCGAAAACCUCACCGCCGAUUUCCGGGACGUCGCACUGCCCCCUACCCAGUUCCCGCCCACGCACUUUCCGCCGACACAUUUCGGACCACGUCUCCAAUGUCACGCAGACGACCCUGCCACCCACAAUGAACGUGCCCCCGAGGCCGCCGCCGAGGUCGCCCCCGAGGCCGAGGCGGGGGCCAGGGAGACCGCCGCCAGGGAGACCGAGGCCUGGGAGACCGCCGCCAGGGAGGCACACACUGCCGCACGCACCCCUGCGGGUGCACACGGCACAGCUGCGGUACACGACACCCCUGCGGCCGGGCUGGGGGGUGCGGCCGUCGGGCCGGAGUUGCUCUCGCCUCGCGUCCUGACGCUGCCGCCGCCGCCGCCGUACUCCGCAGUGGAGCUGCUCGCGCGGCGCCAGUUCCCCUUGGCUGCGGCCGCCGCGGCUGCGCGCGCGCGUCCCGCUGCAUUCGAACGCGCGGAAUCCGGAUUCGAACUCGAACCCGCACGGUCCGGUCGCCGAGCCACGCUCGAUGAAGACGCGAGCAGCCGGGACGCUGCGGCGAAACGCGCCGACUGCGCCGAAGACGACAUCUCCACUACUACCACCCUACCCACUACUACCACCCUACCCACUACUACCACCCUGCCCACCGCCGGAGUCCCCACCGCCGGAGUCCCCUCCGCCGGAGUCCCCACAGCCGGAGUCUCUAUUCCGGGACCACCCACCCCAGGAGUCCCACCCGUUGGAGUUCGCACCUCUGGAAUCCCAUUUGUGGGAAUCCCGCCUGUAGGGAUCCCGCCCGUGGCAGUUUCUGACGCUGCCAUAACUGCUAGAGCCCCACCCGCCGAGGCACCCACUGGAGUGCUCACCACGGGAAUCCCUACUGCUGCUACCGUUCCGCCCGUUGCGCCAGUGCCGAGCGCCCCUACGGCGCUGCCGGUUCCGGAGUUGUUGCCAGUGGGUGCGGAAGGAGGUGCCUUCGGCGUGGCCAGUUUGUUCCAGGAUACACGUUCGUGUCUGCCGUACAUGUUGGUCCCGGUGCGGAAACAGGACGACUUGAGUCCCGUGGAGAUUCUCUUCCACCCCUGCCACUUCGUCUGCCGUCUGCGCGGCUGGCAAGUAUCACCGGCUAAGGCGAGCGGUGUAGCGGCGGCUAGUGCAGGGGCGGGCGCGGAGAAGCCGCGGAGUUCCGGCACGGCGAACUCCGCAGGCAAACUCGUCGAGUUGGGCGCGGCCGAAGGCCGUGCCGCACGUGGCAGGUCCGCCGACGGGCGCCUGUCUUCGACUCCGGGUGCCGGCCCCCGCGAACGGGCGCGGCCGGCUUCGCCGGCCUGCCCGGCGAAGGUGGUCCCCGCGCCGGCGGUGGGACGAGCAGUGGACGUUUCUGAGGUGAUAGCGCGGGAAGUCUUUUACGCGGAGAGCGACGAAGUGAACCUGGUGCGUGAGUUGUCGAACAUUUGCCGGAAGGCGCCAUGGCAUGAGGACGCGGACGAAGAGUUCCAGCCGCCGGCCGCCGAGUGUGCGCGCUGUGGCAUCGACGGUGAGCAGUUCUUCCAGUUGCGGCAGUUGGCGGGCUACGACGCACUGGCGGGGCCGCUGCAGCCGACGGCCGUGCGGCCGGCAGUGUGGCGUGCGGCGUGGCGCAGCUGGGCGGCGCAUACGGCGCACACGCGUGCGACGCACUCGGGCGCGGCGGGCGGCGGCGUGGCUUGCUCGUCGGCGGCUACGGCAGUGGUGCCGGAGUUGCUGAAGGCGACGCAGUUGUUGGCAGCGACGGUGGAGGGACUGCACACGCAGUUCCGGAGUCGCCGGUGUGUGAAGUUGGCGGCGGGGGUAGGGAGGCGGAGUCAGUCGUGGCCGGUUUCGCGGUCUGUGGAGAUGCGUCGCAAGUAA